AUUUAUUUUUCUUUCAGUCGGUGGUCUCCACAAGUAAUUGUUAUCCUUUCUCUCUGUUCUCCUAGGACUAGUAUAAAAGGGAGAAGCAGAAGCUCUUGUACUGUCAAUCACACAAGAAAGGAGAGUCCAAGAGAGGGAUCUCCCGAAGGGGAGCCAGCCAUCAUGGAGCGUGGAGGGGAAGAAGAUGACAGAGGGAGUGAAUCAUCCAAGAGGAGCCUGAGUGCAUCAUCAGAUGCAACCGUUAGCAGUGCAGCAACCAAGCAACAGGCUCUGAGAUUUGCAGAGGACCUCUCCCUCCCUUCGGUGCAGGUGGUGGUGAUGAGCGCCAAUAUGGGGUGUUCGCACUGCCGACAGCGGGUCGCCAACGUCGUCUCCAAGAUGAACGGGUUGCUGGAUUACAUGGUGGAUUUCGGGAAGAAAGAGGUGACAGUGAGGGGGAAGGUGCACGCCAAGAAGAAGAAGAAGAAGCACAAGGAUGGCGUCGCUGGUUGGGAGACGAAAUCGUUGUCUUCGUCUCCUUCUCAUGCCAGGACGCUGUCCUGGUUUUUGAGAUGCUACGGUUCAUAGCUAGUAUAGGGUAUACUGCAUAGUACGUAUGUGUUAUAUAUCUAGCUGUUUGAUUGCAAUCUUUAUUUUUUUUUCCAUUGUUUUUUAUUCAGAAUAAUGUAGUAUGUGGUAGUCAUACGUAUAUUCCCC